AUGCAGGUUGAAAAUCCUUGGAGGAAUUUGUUGCAAAGAAAAUAUAGACCUCAACUUACUAUGGUUGUGUUGAUUCCGUUCUUCCAACAGUUUACUGGAAUUAAUGUUAUUAUGUUUUACGCGCCUGUGUUGUUUAACUCGAUUGGGUUUAAGGAUGAUGCUUCACUUAUGUCAGCUGUUAUCACCGGUGUUGUUAACGUUGUUGCUACUUGUGUCUCAAUUUAUGGAGUUGAUAAGUGGGGGAGAAGAGCUCUUUUUCUCGAAGGUGGUGUUCAAAUGCUUCACUUUCAAGUUCACGCUCACUUCAGUUCACCCACCGGCCACCGCCAUCGUCACCUCCGUCACCUCCGUCACCUUCGUCACCUCCGUCAGACCGUCACCUUCGUUAGUUCGUUUCUCCGUCUCCUUCGCCUCUUCACCGGCGCCUACAAACUCCUCCGUCAUCUUCUUCAUACAAUCCUCUUCUCGCCAUUCUCCAAAGAACAUUAUUUCUAA